UAAAAUCGGUGUACAGUGUAAGGCGUGCAGCUUUAUCACGGAAGUUAAGUGAUAAAUAGAGUGUGCUUAAAUACUGAUAAAUACAUUGAACAUUUAUGACCUUUCUGUACAGCUCAAAGACUCGAGCGCAACAGGAGCAAGUUAUUUUGAAAUUUCGUACCGGAUGUAGAGUUGUAUUACAAUAGACUUGACAAGUAGCUCAAACUAACAACAAAAGCAGUUUAGUCAUAACAUCACAUGUGCUUUUCUUAUUAAAACGGCUGAAGUUGUGUACACAAUGGGAAGGUAUAAAUGCGCGUACAACUGCGAAAACCCCGCUGGUUCGGAUAUGAAGUAUUUUAAAUUUCCGCUGUACAAUCCCAGAAAACUCAAGAAAUGGCUUGAAAACAUGAAGUGGGAGGACUGGGCUCCAACUCGCUUCUCUGUGCUGUGCAUGAAUCAUUUUGAGGACCGAUGCUUAGACAAGACAGGCAAAUACGUUAAACUGCGAGUAGAUGCAGUUCCCACAAUAUUUGCAUCCUCUGAUGACUCACAGAAAAGAAAGACUUCUGUGAAACCCAGAAGUAAGCGGCACACGGCGCAUGGUGGUAAAACGGCACUGAUGAGUACGUCUCAGUCUCCAUCAGAUCCUUCAUCCACAUCGCAGUUAUACGUCCUGGACAAAGAGACCAGUCAGACGGAGGCGGAGGCUCCUGGAGACCCUAAAACGUCUGACAAAUGGAGAGUUAUAGUGGAUGAAGGGCUUAUGAAGAUUGACUCCUUUCCACAUUUCUUCCAUGGAGAUUACUGUGUACCACAGGAUAUUCAGUGGGCUCCAGAUACUAAUUCUAGUACAGCGCCUAAAGAUCCCAACAACGUUAUCGAGGUGAAAGAGCCGUGGCACUGGCUCGGCUUGGACGUCAGAGGACCCCUGCCUCAAACAGUGAACGGACACAAAUACAUUUUGACCGUGACCGAUUACUACUCCAAGUGGGUGGAAGCUGUGCCAAUGCAAGCAUGCCUGCCUCCACAUGUGACAAAGCAAAUCGUUGACAUCAUUGCUCACUUUGGAUACCCAAUCCGAAUCCUCUCCAGGCUGCCACAUGAAAUAGUCCACAAAAUCAACAGAGAACUGAAAGAUCAGCUGCAGGUCAGCGUCUCCCUCGUGGUUUUUCAUCAGCAGACCGGCACUGUGGAUUUGGUCACACAGCAGCUGAUUGACAGAAUGAUAAGUGACCUAAUAGAAGAGCAUGCUGCUGACUGGGAUGUCUUCCUACCGGCCAAGGUUUUCAGUCUGUGUUUCAAAGAGCAUACUGUGACUAAGGAGAGGCCUUUUUCAGUUCUGUGCUGCAGAGGACUCGACCCCGUCCAGACCCCAAGGGGUCUAAAUUAUUCUUAUUCCAAACUCAGAGACAGUAUAUUUGUGAUUCGAUAAAUGUUCAAGACAUAUUUGGUCACUUUUGGAGAUCGCUGGUCUUGGAAGAACUUCAUGUUUAUUUAAGGACUGUAAUGGAAAGUGCUGGAUUUUACCACCCACAAUGCGGGAAACGCUAGUUAAUUAAAACAGAAUGAGAUAUUUAUUGACGAGACAAAUGUUGGAGUUUGAGCUGGUCUAAAAAACCUCACAAGUGCAGUAGCUUGCUUUAGUAGUGCAGCACCUGAAAGGACGUAGAGAUCAUUAGAGUUACGUCAGAUCUAUCAGUAAAGGUUAUGAGCCGGCAGGUUUAAGGUUGAUGUGCCUGCUUGUUUGUUGUUGCAAUUGUUAAUGUACUGGACAAUUCAAUAAACUUUUUUUAAAUAAC